CCCGGGGCCGCCCAGUCGGCCUGUCAGCCGGCUUCGAAGUGUGCUCCUGCGCUUGCGCGGCGGCGGUGCCGAAAGCGAUGGCGGCGGAGGAGGAGGUGGACUCGGCGGACACCGGUGGAGGGUCAGGAUGGCUAACAGGGUGGCUUCCUGCCUGGUGUCCUACGUCCACAUCACACCUUAAAGAAGCUGAAGAGAAAAUGCUAAAAUGUGUCCCUUGCACUUACAAGAAGGAGCCCGUCCGCAUAUCCAACGGGAACAGGAUCUGGACCCUAAUGUUCUCUCACGAAGUUUCUGAUAAGACCCCGCUUGUUCUCCUUCAUGGUUUCGGAGGAGGUCUUGGACUUUGGGCCCUGAAUUUUGAAGAUCUAAGCACCGAUAGGCCUGUCUAUGCCUUUGACCUGUUAGGCUUUGGCAGAAGUAGCAGGCCUACGUUUAACAGUGACGCAGAAGAAGUGGAGAAUCAGUUUGUGGAAUCCAUUGAAGAGUGGAGGUGCGCCCUCGGGUUGGACAAAAUGAUCUUGCUUGGACACAACCUGGGAGGGUUCUUGGCUGCUGCUUACUCUCUGCAAUACCCAUCAAGGGUUAGUCACCUCAUUUUAGUAGAGCCGUGGGGUUUUCCUGAGCGACCAGACCUUGCUGAUCAAGAGAGACCAAUUCCAGUCUGGAUCAGAGCCCUGGGAGCAGCCUUGACUCCCUUUAACCCCUUGGCCGGCCUCAGGAUUGCAGGACCUUUUGGGUUAAGUCUAGUGCAGCGCUUAAGGCCCGAUUUCAAGCGGAAGUAUGCGUCCAUGUUUGAGGACGACACCGUGACCGAGUACAUCUACCACUGUAACGUGCAGACCCCAAGUGGUGAGACCGCUUUCAAAAACAUGACAAUUCCUUAUGGGUGGGCGAAACGGCCAAUGCUUCAGCGGAUAGGAGACUUGCAUCCUGACAUUCCAGUUUCUGUGAUCUUUGGCGCUCGAUCCUGCAUAGAUGGCAACUCUGGUACCAGCAUCCAGUCACUGAGACCGAAGUCCUAUGUGAAGACAAUAGCUAUCCUGGGGGCGGGCCAUUACGUGUAUGCAGAUCAGCCAGAAGAGUUCAACCAGAAAGUCAAGGAGAUCUGCCACUUGGUGGACUGAGCCCACGGAGCCGUGGGAGUCCUGUGACUGCCGCCCCUCUUGAGCAAUACCCUGCACCCACGGAAGAGCGGAAGUACAACUCAAGAACCAGGCCGUCCCCUCGGCUGGACUCUGCACUGUUGUCUUAUGAAGUCACUUCCACUUUAAGCCAAUUAGUGCCUUCUAGAAGGAUGGCUUUCCUUUCUCCUACACAAAAUGGAAGUACACAAAAGUCUUCCAAUUUAAUCGUAGCCUUAAAUAAAGGUUAUUUGUCCUUCUGAUGUA